CGCCCGAGGAUGGCGGCGGCGGCAACCCUAUCCGCGGUCCGGAGAGGGUCAGCACAGCCGCCGAGACGCCGAAGACCCCGCCGCCCGUGCGAGGUGUAGACGGGGCACUGCCUGCAGAGCAGGUCCUGCCAACCUCGCUGGAGAGGAUGCCCCCGUGUCCGUGAUGGGCUGUGGGACAAGCAAGGUCCUUCCUGAGCCGCCAAAGGAUGUCCAGCUGGAUCUCGUCAAGAAGGUGGAGCCCUUCAGUGGCACUAAGAGUGAUGUGUACAAGCACUUCAUCACAGAGGUGGACAGUGUUGGUGCUCUCAAAGCUGGGUUCCCAGCAGCCAGUCAGUGUGCAAACCCGUGCCCUGGUGCCCCCACUGCCGGCCACACAGAGCCUCCCUCAGAACCACCACGCAGGGCCAGGGUGGCUAAGUACAGGGCUAAGUUUGACCCACGUGUGACAGCUAAGUAUGACAUCAAAGCCCUGAUUGGCCGAGGCAGUUUCAGCCGAGUAGUACGUGUGGAGCACCGUGCAACCCGGCAGCCAUAUGCUAUCAAGAUGAUCGAGACCAAGUAUCGGGAAGGGCGAGAGGUAUGUGAGUCAGAGCUGCGUGUGCUGCGCCGGGUGCGUCAUGCCAACAUCAUUCAGCUGGUAGAAGUGUUUGAGACGCAGGAGCGUGUGUACAUGGUGAUGGAGCUGGCCACUGGUGGAGAGCUCUUUGAUCGCAUCAUCGCCAAGGGUUCCUUCACUGAACGUGAUGCCACACGGGUGCUGCAGAUGGUGCUGGACGGUGUUCGAUACCUGCAUGCACUGGGCAUCACACACCGAGACCUCAAGCCUGAGAAUCUGCUCUACUACCACCCAGGCACUGACUCCAAGAUCAUCAUCACUGACUUCGGCCUGGCCAGUGCCCGCAAGAAGGGGGACGACUGCCUGAUGAAGACCACUUGUGGCACACCCGAGUACAUUGCUCCCGAGGUCCUGGUCCGAAAGCCCUACACCAACUCGGUUGACAUGUGGGCACUGGGCGUCAUUGCCUAUGUCCUGCUCAGUGGCACUAUGCCCUUUGAGGAUGACAACCGUACCAGGCUGUACCGGCAAAUCCUCAGGGGCAAGUACAGUUACUCGGGGGAGCCCUGGCCCAGUGUGUCCAACCUGGCCAAGGACUUCAUUGACCGCCUGCUGACAGUGGAUCCCGGCGCCCGUAUGACUGCACUGCAGGCCUUGAGGCACCCAUGGGUGGUGAGCAUGGCAGCCUCUUCAUCCAUGAAGAAUCUGCACCGCUCCAUCUCCCAGAACCUCCUCAAACGUGCUUCCUCACGCUGCCAGAGCACCAAGUCAGCCCAGUCCACGCGUUCCAGCCGCUCUACGCGCUCUAACAAGUCACGCCGUGUGAGGGAGCGGGAACUGCGGGAGCUCAACCUGCGAUACCAGCAGCAGUACAAUGGCUGAGCUGCCGGCUGCGGCACAGACAUGCCAUGGUCCCAGCUUGGCCGUGCAUCCCUGUGCCAUCUGGCCCUGAUGCCCUCUGGAGAUAGGCCUGUAUGGCCAGCAGCAGGUGAAUGGCCCCAGCCCUGCCCUGUGCCUUCAGCAGCCUCUAUCCUCAUCCUGGGCCUGAGCCUGGGGUGAUUGAGUGGGAGCCUGGGGAGCUGUGAGCCUUCUGAACUGGGAGCCUGGCCUGGCACCAGUGCUCCUUUUGGUGGGCUACUGCUCUGCUACAAGUUGGGGAAAGGGCAGGAUCUGGCCUUCAGGCUCCCUCACCCCUUGGCGCUUCCCCAAGACCAAAGAGGCAAGCUGUGCCAGGUAGAAGGUGUCCUGUUGUCCCAGGACUCUUUGGGACAGUUAUUUCUGAACCCUCUUUCCUCCACUGAACCUUCAUCUCUGGUCCCCCACAUUCCAUUGCAUUCUGGUCUGUACCACAGUGAGAGACCUAGGUAGGCCCAAAGCUCGUGUCUUGGGUAGACUCUCAGCUAAGUCUAAACAGUCUCCCACUUUCCACCCAGGAUCUGUCUUCCUUCAUGGUACCCCCAGGGGCCCCUCCUGGCUCCAGGACUCGCUCGAACCUCUGAUGGUAGGGCCAUGGCAUGGUCCUUGGCCCUUCUGGAUGGUGUGGCCAUGUUGGUAGCAGGCUUGCUGCCGGCUCCACCCUCUCUCUGACAGUGGGAGAGCUCCUGCCCACAGCCCACUGCUCUCAAUGCCUUCUUUGCAGAGCCCACUAUCACUUCUUUUUCCCCUUUGGAUGCCCAUUCUAUUCCCUAGGUGCCUCCUUCCCAACUGUGGGGGAUUAAAGGGAGCCCCACUGCUGCUACCUGGGGAAUGGGGGCACCUGGGCCAAAGCAGAGGCCAGGGGCUUACCAGGGAGAGUCCCGUCAAGAUUCCAGGGUAGGCCCUGGUUCUACCCUUGGUACUGCCCAAUGUCCCGUCCCUUCCAGCUCUGCAGUGGCAUAAAGGCGCCAUCUAGUGUCUGGCAUGAGUAUGGGCAGCCUAGGAGUGACCACUAUGCUCACCCUUCAUCUUCUAGAGGAAGUGGGAAGGAAGGAGCUGCUGUAUUGAGGAAAGGUUCCAGGUUGCUCAACCCUCCCCUUUUGCUGAGCUUCUGCGCAGCUCCAGUUGGAACUUAGCCAUACUGUGUGACCUGCCUCUGAACCCUGAGUGCCUGGGGCCCUGGCCUUCUCACAGCUGGCCUUUCCUGAUCCAGCCUGUCCCUGCUAACUUUCACAGCAUUACCUGUCCAGCCUGGGCCCUGCUGACUCUUCGGCGGAAGGGAGCUCCUGCAGGAGGUGGGUGGAAUUGGGUGACUGCUUUCCCAGAGGCUUGAGCCAGACCAUCCCCAUGUUAGUCAAUGUGCCUUUACAUCACCACAAACAAGGCUGGAACCCAAGGCCCCUUCUUCCUCAGCUGUUUUCACUGGCAGGGAAGGAGCUGUGACCCAGCUUUAGCUGUAGCUAGACUGCAGGGCCUCUGCCAGCAGGGGGAGAUGGGCCCUCACUCAGUUUUUCCCAAUGGGUAGCCUGGGCCAGGCCCUCCUCUUACUGCAUGUACCACCUCCAGUGGGAAACAAGGCCAAAGAGAACACUCUGGGCCAAGUCAACUGCCUUAAACAUCCCCUCCUUCUAUCUUCAGUGGUCCCUGGCACAAGGCAGCAGAGAGCCCAAGCCCUGUGGCCUCAGAACUCCCGCCACUUCCCAAGUGCCUCUGGGGGCCUGAAGACCUGGGAAUUCAUUUCCUCUCUUGUCCAAGAUAGGCCUGGCCCUAAGGGUAGGACAGAGGGAGGUUGGAGACUUGGGCCUUUAUGCCAUGGACUGUGGAUAGAGAAUGUGCAGUUAUUUAUUUUGUGUACUCAGUUUGUAAAUGUAUCCUCUGUACUCAAUAAACAGGCUGCCCUCUCCAGGGAAGGCUGGCCCAUCCAUUCUGA